AGAGAACUUGCCUAAGAGGGGAGCAAUGCGGUGCGAGCUGGCGCAAAUACUUUGAUACGCCGGCCAGUCAUACGUUGAUUAGCUGCGAGAGUGAGGGUCCACGGCUUCAAUCUUCCAAGUCGUUGUCCAAGGUGUGUGUAAGUAUAUGUCGGCACAGCGGGUGAACUGCAUCCUUCUGUUUAUUACCCCGACCACACCGUGACUACAUCGUGAGAGAAGUCGUUGGUGUAUCAUGUCCAUACCUCGUCCUCCACAUCCUCUCCAACUGCCAAAAUGACCGACGUCUCGCCAUCCCCUGACGCCGGCCUCGACUAUGCCACUGCCCGGGUAGCUUUGUUCUCUUCCUCUACCGCCACGAGAAUCGCCCGCUUACACGCAAUCGACGACAAGCUGAAGCAUAACUCACUCGAUGCUUCCGCCAUACCUGUCCUCUUGCGUCUCCUAGUCGAUACACAUAGCUUCUACAACGAUCGACCUUCAAGAAGGGCUGUCCAGACCUGUCUUGCCUCGUUGAUUUCGACCAAUCCUGACCCCAAGCUCCUAGCACCCUUCGUCUCCGCCAUCCGCCAGGAAGCUCAGAAACCCACUAUAGCUUCGAGUAGCGCAUUUGUCCUCAUCGAAUGGUGUGCGCUUCUCUUCAAGGCCUUUGUGAAUACUCCUUUAUGGGACAAAUUCGGGCUCGACGUUAUUCAUACCAAUGCUGCCGCUCUCGACACAUGUCUUCAGCCCACCGUAAGGCAUAGCGUCGGCCAAUCUGCUUUGGUUCUUACACGCCGUGGUUUGCGCUCUGCUUUCUGGCAUGGUGGAUUUAGAGAAGAAGCUAUUCAGGACACAGUCCAGGCUCUCACUACUAAAGGAACACAACCCACUGCCAGAAAUUCCCCGAUGCUUGGUGUCAUUGCUGGCGUUUGCUCUCGUCAUACACAGGCCAAAGAGAUCUUAGUAGCUCACAAGUCCGCCUAUCAUGCAUUCUUCGUGAGAGAGCUCGUAGGUUCUCGAACCGCCAUACCCAAACACCUCGUCAUAGGUUUACGCGACUUUUUCUCUGAAUUCGUCACCCUAGACGAGCUAGUGAAAGAUAUCAUUCCACCUGUCGAGAAGGGACUUUUACGUGCCCCAGAGGUUGUGUUAGAUAUAUUGGCCAAUCUACUCACCCUGUUGCCAACAGAAAACAUAGACAUUGCCAAGAUGCUGGAUGCGCAUCUCUUGAAGCCCUUGCUGUCCAAUGUUAAAUCUAGCAACCCCAAUAUUCGCGACAGUGUCUUGGCAGCUUUCAAGCAAGCAGCAAUUCGGAGUAGCGACCCCAAUGCCAUAAGUCAUAUUAUCGAAGAGAUCCUUGGCCCGUUGAAAUCAGGAAAAUUGACAUCGGCUGAUCAAAAGAUAUUACACGCCAAUAUGCUACAUGUGCUAUCCCUUUCUUCAUCCGAUGCGACCAAGAUAGUCACAAGCCUUGCCCCUGUCGUUGCGAAGGAAGGAAACGAGGCAGCUCUCGGAGCAGAGUUGCUUGUACUCAGCCAUGCCGUUAUCCAUUUGAUUCGCAACGAUACCGACGUGCCGAAGCCGGCCAUCGAGGCUUUUGUUAAGGGGUUAGGUGAUAAAAAGAUUUCAGCUCGACGACUAUGGGUCCUACGAAGUGGCGAAGUCUUACUCGCCGUAACUGACGAGACCAAGACGCCAUCCGAAUAUACCAACAAAUUCGCUGAGGCUAUCACGACGCCUCUAGUUGACAGCUGGACUGAGGUCGUCAAAAAUCCCGCUGCAGCUGCUCAAAGCGGCUUGAUCACCAGUGCUUACGUUCUUGCUGCCCUUGCCCCCCGUGUCCUAUCUCGAGUUGAGAGCUCUGCAGUUCAAACCAAGCUAGGAAAGGUGAACAUUGCAAAAGAAUCAGCCUCUAUCGAUCCAAAGUCCGCCUUUCUACUGAACCACCGUGUAUAUAACCGUCUGACGACUGAUGACGACUGUAUAUGGUUUCUCAGGUCCCUUGAAGGAGCGUUUUCUCAUAUAUCCAAUGCAGACGAGUCGAUACAGGCGGCUUGGUCACAAGCUUUCAUUUAUCUCGUUUCUACCUCAACCAUACCUCCAAAUAUCCGGAAAGCCUCAUGCGAAGCGAUUCUUAAAUUAUACUCCCUCAAUCCUGCUCUAUUAUCAACGGCAAUAAUCGGCGGAUUGUGGCAGUGGGUUGAAGCCUCAGAAAAAAACGACAAGGAUAGCGUCGCUGCUAGCGCUAAGUUCGAAACGUCACAUCUACACCUUGUCUUGCGCUCAAUCACUCCAAAUGGUGAAGAUCUUGAAAAUCUAGGUAUUCAACAAAGUCAGGAUGUGAUUGAGCGACAAAUGUGCACUCUGCUUGUUCUAGCACGCAAGGAUCUAAUACCAAGAUGUAGUUGGAUAGAUCUCUGUCUUAGAGUCGGUGUCGACCCGGGAGCUCUUGCACGUAAGUACGAACAGGAGCUCAUAGAUCAAUUAAUCGAAAAAACACAAUACGGUCAAAACAGCAUGGUCAAUGUGGCAGCCUGUAAUGCGGCGGCUGACUUGGCUUUUGUGGCACCCGAAAUCAUGAUCCCUAGAAUUAUUGACCUUGUACGAGCGGAUCUAGCAACAGAAGAACUAGAGAAGAUCGGGCCAGUCGAAGCAGCUAUAUUUAGAACACCAGAGGGCACAGCGUUCGUAGACGUGCUUGCGAAGAAGUCGCAAACUGUACCAAACAAGAAUACCAAGGAUUAUGAUACACUGAAGUGGGAAGAAGAUCUCAGGAACCAACUUGCUCAAAAGAAGGGGCUUCAAAAGAAGCUCACGGCUGACGAGCAAGCCAAGGUCAAUGCGCAACUAAAGAAGGAAGCCGAAAUUCGUCAUUCAGUCCAACAAGUCGAAGCACGACUUAUGCGCGGCAUAGGUAUCAUACAGAGUUUAGUAUCUGGCCCACCGACAGAUGCCAGCCGCUGGCUUGGUUCCUCUGUUAUUGCUCUCUUGGCAGCCAUGGAAGCCGGCGCAUGUCUCAUCGUAGGCAAGGCCGCUCCCUCGGCGUAUCUUUCUUGUGCUGAAAAAGUGACAACUCGAUUAGGAGCCAUCAGACCGUUUAUUGGUGUUGCCACGCUCCGUGCUAAGGAUAUUACAUCUCUGCCGGAAAAUAUGAUGGAAGAAAAUAUUGAAGAACUCCUAACCAGGGUACUCUACCGUCUGCGCUUUGCUGGCGAACAACGACCGUUCGAUGCUGUAUCCGUCAUUUACAUGUUGCCCUUAAUAUUUGCCGUUCUACAGAAAGGCGGCGUUGGAGAGAAUGCUGAAGAAAAAGAGACACAGCUCGUCUUGGCAAUUGAGUUCUUAUCUUUUCAUACUCUUGUCUGCGCUGAUGAGAAUGUACCACGAGCGGAGCUUCUCGGUGUUCUCAUCUCAUCUAUGCAACGUUACAAUCAGCAUUAUAAGAUUCUCAAAGACUGUUUUACUGAUACAGUGCGUUGUGUUGCUCCAAAUAUCAAUGCCGAGGAAAUAGUGGUAUUGUGCAAGGGUGCACUUGUACCGCAGUCAAAUGUCAGAGAGACUGUGCUACAGGCCAUCAGUGCUGAAGUCGAUCUGAGCGAAAUAGAAUUCUCAGAAGAGCUUUGGAUCUCUUGCCAUGAUGAUAUUGACGAGAAUCGAGAGAUCGGCCAAGAAAUCUGGGAAGAAAGCGGGUUUGAGAUUUCAAAAGAGUUGUCCGUCAAGAUGCUUCCCUACCUCGAGAGCAAAGAUUCUCAGCUCAGGAGGGCAGCAGCCAGAUCUUUGGCUGAGACAUGUAAAGCUUUUCCGACGGCCAUUGAGGAUACACUAUUACGUCUACGAGAAUCAUAUGCCGAGUUCGCCAAGCCACGCGUGCCGCAACUAGAUGAGUACGGUAUGCCUCGGAAAGCUGAUCUCUCUGACCCCUGGGAAGCACGUCAUGGUAUUGCGACGGCUUUCAAAGAGCUCGCUUCCUAUCUGGACAAGUCGGAAAUUGAUGGAUUCCUUAACUUCCUCAUUGAAAGCGGCCCACUCGGCGACCAGAAUGGCAUGGUUCGCAGUGAAAUGCUUGAAGCUGCUCUCGCGGCAGUCGAUCUACAUGGCAAAGCCUUAGUAGACAAGUUGAUGAAGACAUUUGAACGAACUCUUUCGGAGCCCGACAAAGGAUCUGAAGCCGCCGACCGAGUCAAUGAGGCGGUCAUCAUUAUGUAUGGUGCUUUAGCCCGUCACUUGAAGCCUGGCGACUCGAAGAUCCCCGGCGUCCUUGAGAGACUGCUUGCUACUUUGAGUACUCCAUCAGAAACCGUGCAGUACGCCGUAGCCGAUUGCCUUCCUCCUCUAGUACGCACAUGUGGCGACAAGUCAUCGAAAUACUUUGACCAGUUGAUGGAAACACUGUUGACUUCCAAGAAUUAUGCCGCUAAGCGCGGCGCUGCCUAUGGCUUAGCUGGGUUGAUUCGUGGACGAGGCAUUUCUGUCCUGCGUGAAUACCGCAUCCUUGUUUCUCUCAAAAGCGCCACCGAGAACAAGAAAGAGUCUCAACAGCGCGAGGGCGCGUUCAUCGCAUUCGAGCUGUUACCCACAAUAUUGGGCCGUUUAUUCGAACCCUACGUUAUUCAAAUAGUGCCUCAACUGCUAACCGGCUUUGGCGACAGCAAUGCUGAUGUACGAGAAGCGUGUCUUGCCGCAGCAAAGGCAUGCUUUGCCAAAUUAAGCUCCUAUGGUGUCAAGCAGAUCUUGCCUACUCUUCUCAACGGCCUCGAUGAUGAUCAGUGGCGUAGUAAACGUGGAGCAUGCGAAUUGCUUGGUGCAAUGGCGUACUUGGACCCUCAACAACUAGCACAAAGCUUGCCUGAUAUUAUACCACCACUUACCGGCGCUCUCAAUGAUACUCACAAGGAAGUGCGGGCAGCGGGAAAUAAGAGUUUGAAACGAUUCGGUGAUGUUAUUGAAAACCCUGAAGUUAAGAGUCUUGUCGAUAUCCUCCUCAAGGCACUCAGCGAUCCAACUAAAUACACGGACGACGCUUUAGACGCACUGAUAAAGGUUCAAUUCGUCCAUUACCUCGACGCGCCGUCAUUAGCUCUGGUUACAAGGAUUUUGCAGCGAGGUCUGGGAGAUCGGUCCAAUACCAAACGCAAGGCCUCUCAAGUCAUUGGCAGUUUAGCUCAUCUCACAGAGCGGAAAGACCUCAUUACCCAUCUCCCAGUUCUCGUCUCUGGACUCAAGGUGGCGGCUGUCGACCCUGUGCCAACUACACGAGCUACAGCUUCGCGUGCGCUAGGAUCACUUGUCGAGAAGCUUGGCGAGGACGCUCUACCAGACCUCAUCCCCAGUCUUAUGCAAACUCUCAAGUCAGAGUCUGGCGCCGGAGAUCGUCUCGGUUCAGCCCAAGCACUCAGCGAAGUUCUUGCUGGUUUGGGUACUACAAGACUCGAAGAGAUCUUGCCAACAAUUCUUCAGAACGUGGAAUCUUCCAAGGCGGUUGUGCGAGAAGGCUUCAUGUCUCUCUUCGUCUUUCUGCCAGUUUGCUUUGGUAACAGCUUCGCAAACUAUCUCGGCAAGAUCAUCCCUCCUAUUCUUACCGGACUUACUGAUGAGAUUGAAUCAAUUCGCGACACUGCACUACGAGCUGGUCGUCUCCUUGUCAAGAAUUUCGCCACCCGCGCUGUUGACUUGCUGCUCCCUGAGCUAGAACGAGGCUUGGCGGAUGACAGUUACAGAAUUCGUCUGAGUUCCGUCGAGUUGGUUGGAGACCUUCUCUUCAACCUUACCGGUAUUACCGGCAACGCGGAUGCAGAAGAUGAAGAAGAGAAGGCCAAGGAAGCAGGCGCAUCUCUUCGCGAGGUAUUGGGAGAUGAGAAACGAAACAGGAUCCUAUCUGCACUAUAUAUCUGUCGCUGUGAUACGGCUGGUGCUGUACGCACAGCUGCUAUUAGUGUGUGGAAAGCUCUGGUUGCAACGCCUCGCAUUCUGAAGGAACUUACACCUACCCUAACUCAACUCAUUAUCCGACGUCUUGGUAGCUCUAGUAUGGAACACAAGGUGAUCGCAAGUAAUGCAUUGGGCGAAUUGAUCCGAAGAGCUGGUGAUGGCGUAUUAUCAACACUUCUACCAACUCUUGAAGAAGGCCUGCAAACUUCUACAGAUACAGAUGCUAAACAGGGUAUCUGCCUAGCCCUCAAGGAACUCAUCUCAUCAGCGUCCGACGAGGCUUUGGAAGAUCAUGAGAAGACACUCAUCUCUGUCGUACGGACUGCUCUCACUGACUUUGACGAGGAUGUCAGAGAGGCUGCUGCCGAGGCGUUUGAUUCUCUGCAGCAAAUCAUCGGCAAGCGUGCUGUUGACCAAGUUCUUCCUUAUCUCUUGAACCUCUUGCGAACUGAAGAUGAGGCUGAUAACGCUCUUUCCGCCCUAUUGACUCUGCUCACGGAAUCGACGAGAUCAAACAUCAUCCUACCAAACCUUAUCCCAACCCUAAUAACACCUCCUAUCUCGGCAUUCAAUGCAAAGGCGCUGGCAUCUCUGUCUCGUGUUGCGGGCACCGCUAUGAACCGAAGACUACCUAACAUCAUUAACUCACUCAUGGAUAACAUCAUCGAUGCGAAGGAUGAAGAGCUCGCUCGCGAAUUGGAAGAGUCUAUGGACACUGUCAUACAAUCUAUCGACGAGUACGAUGGACUGAACACCGUCAUGAACGUUCUAUUAUCACUCAUGAAGAAUGAUGACCAUCGUAAACGUGCCAUCACAGCGUCACGACUUGCCAAUUUCUUCGCUCAUUCCGAUGUUGACUACUCUCGAUAUAACCAGGACAUCAUCCGUGCGUUGCUCAUCUCAUUCGACGAUCGUGACCGUGAUGUAGUUAAGGCAGCCUGGACCGCUCUUAGCGAGUUCACAAAGAAGCUGAAGAAGGAAGAGAUGGAGGCAUUGGUGCCAUCUACCAGAACAUCUUUACAACAGGUGGGAGUGGCUGGCUCGAACCUCGCCGGUUUCGAACUUCCCAAGGGCAUCAAUGCUAUCUUACCCAUCUUCCUUCAGGGUCUCAUGAAUGGUACUCCAGAGCAACGAACCAGUGCCGCGUUAGCUAUUUCAGAUAUCGUCGACAGGACAAGCGAAAACUCGCUCAGACCAUUCGUCACGCAGAUUACAGGUCCACUUAUCCGUGUGGUUUCAGAACGUUCGACAGAGGUGAAGUCUGCCAUUCUUCUCACGCUCAAUAACCUACUGGAGAAGAUGCCGACUGCUCUUAAACCCUUCUUGCCCCAAUUACAACGAACUUUUGCAAGGUCAUUAGCAGACACAACUAGUGAGCUACUACGAUCCAGAGCUGCCAAGGCACUCGGGACUCUCAUCAAAUUUACACCUCGAGUGGACCCGUUGAUUGCCGAACUGGUCACGGGUUCGAAGACCUCAGAUGCUGGUGUCAAGGCUGCUAUGUUAAAGGCUUUGUACGAGGUGGUUAGCAAGGCAGGUGCAAAUAUGGGCGAGAGUUCACGAGCGGCUGUCCUAGGCCUUAUAGACAUGGAGACGGAUACGAAGGAUACUACCAUGGCAGUAACAUAUGCCAAAUUACUAGGAGCACUCGUGAGGAACGUCCCAAGCGAUGUUGCCAAUGGACUCAUCCGAAACCGCAUAGCUCCCACUCACUUCAACAGCUCGUCGGUAUUAGCGCUCAAUGCUGUCUUCGCAGAGUCUGCACAGACACUACUCGAAAGCCCUGCAGGUGAAGACUUACCUGAACUUCUCUGCCAGGGCAUGUCAAACAAGAAUCUCUUCGUGGCAGAUAACACGAUCCUAGCUACGGGUAAAUACCUACUAUCUGACUCGUCCAAGUCAUUCGAGACGACGAAGCCCAUAUUCUCAACCCUAGCAGCCAUCAUCGGACCAGGGAACCCAUCAGAUUCGCGGCGGUUGGCCCUAGUCGUAGUCCGCACCGUGUCCCGCGCGAACAUGGAGCUCGUCCGGCCCCAUCUAUCCGUCCUCGCGCCGCCCGUAUUCGCAUCGGUGCGUGAUCCCGUGAUACCCGUGAAACUGGCCGCCGAGGCGACAUUCGUAGAGCUCUUCAGCGUAGUCGACGAAGAGACAUCCGUCUUCGACCGGUAUAUGAGCAGUGGGGGAGGAAGCGAGUUACCAGCGAACACGAAGCGGAGCAUGCAGGAUUACUUCAAGCGUGUGGCUGUUCGACUAGGUCAACAAGCGAGGGAGCGGCGAGAGGCGGAAGGUGGAACAGGAGGUCUGGGAUUAAGUAAUGAUGAGGUCGAGGAUGAGAAGGAGGUGUGGAGUGUGGGGGCUAUUGAGGUUGGGGGAGGAGUGUUUUCGCAGGAUUAAAGAUAUAGGAGAGGGUAAGAGAAAAGAGUAUAAGAAGAGACAGAGAGAGAAGAUAUGUAUAUGGCCGACUAUACUAAGUAACGAUGAUGAGAGCAUGAAGAUGAGUGAUUACAUGCAUACAUAUAUGUAUACAUGCAUCCCGGGUAGAUAAAAAAAUAAUGGAACGAAGAAAUCUAAUUCAGAAUAGUCGAGAGGGAUAUGUGAAUGAGUACCCCGGGUUAGACGAUUUUGUUGCUGAUUUUUAACAG